AUGAGCAACCAGAUCAAGAAAGUUGGGGUGAUCGGAGGAGGAAUUGGCGGAAUGGCGCUUGCUGCUGCUCUAGUACGGAAGGGGAUCGACGUCUCUGUGUAUGAGAGAGAUGCGGCAAUGGAGUCGAGAAGUCAAGGCUAUGGGCUUACCAUGCAGCAAGGGGGCAAAGCCCUCAAGGAGCUCGGGAUCACAAUGAAAGGCAUUAGCUCAAUCUGCCACUACUCUCUCCUACCAGACGGAGAAGUCAUCGGAUGGUAUGGGCGACAAUGGCGGAGCGCGGAAGGGAGCAGGAAAGAAGAGCUUUGUUGGAAAUGCAAGGGCACGACGUGGAAGCCGCAGAAAAACAAGGACGCUAAGGCAGGGAAGCCCAAGACAACGUGUACGGUUUGUGCGGGCACGGGAAGGAUGAAUGCAGAAACCAUUUACAAUGUACAUAUUCCUCGUCAACAACUUCGCGCUGAGUUGUUCGCUCAGUUGCCUGCUGGGGUUGUGAAGUGGGGGCAUCAAUUCGUGAGGUUCGAAGAGGAUUCAACCCAGGGAGACGUCAUUAUUCAUUUCGGCAAUGAUGUCCCUUCUGAUCGCGUUUCAAUCUUGGUGGCAGCUGAUGGAAUAUAUUCAGGUGUUAAGAUGCAGAUACUACAAGAAUUCCUGGACAAGUCUAACAAUGACAACACACGCAUUGACGAACUCGCAGACAUCCUCUCGUCUCAUCCGCGAGAUGAUCUCAUUAGCACCCCCCCAGCGAGAUGCAUCUCAGUGAGAGAUUUUGAAGACAAAGCUUCUCAGCACUAUCUGAUGCCAUUGAAGGUGAUAGUAAUCUUGGGCAUUACCAACGUACAUCACCCUCUCUUGAAGCAAAGAGUCUUUCAAACCUUGAAUGGAGAGACUCGCAUCUACGUUAUGCCUUUCUGUGAAGGAAAUCCUUAUGAGACUAUGUGGCAGCUCUCGUUCCCAUACCCCCAAAGUUCCGACGGCUCAGAGCCCACAGACUUGUCUCCUUCCAGCUUGAAGCGCAUGGCGCUGGAGCGCUGUAAAGACUGGCAUAGGCCAAUACCAGAGCUGAUUGAGAGCACGAAGCUCGAGGGGUUGACGGGUUACCCAGCCUUCGACGCGGAUCUCCGCCUCCUCCAGCACACGCUGCGCCAGCUCCGAGAUCGUCGUUCGAGGGUCACCCUGCUCGGAGAUGCAGCUCAUCCCAUGUCACCCUUCAAAGGUCAGGGGGCCAACCAAGCUCUUCUUGACGCUGUCAGCUUGGCUCGCUUCUUGUCUCUGAGCGACUGGGCCGGAAAGAGGGAGGGAGAUGGAAACGGAGAAGGCUGUGGGAAACGAGACCUGCACGACUACUUGAAGGGUUGUGGGAGGGCCUCCAUGUGCUUGUCGGACGCAUUGGGCUCCUAUGAGGAAGAGAUGAUGCAGAGGAGCAGGAAGAAGGUCGUCGCCUCUCGCGAUGCUGCCAGGGUUUUGCAUUCGCCUGCCGCUUGCGCCAAGACUAAUUGCGUGAGGGCGAGUGCUGCUCUUGCUGCAGAAGGGUUCGAAAACGAUCCAGAGGUUACUUGGAUGGAAUGGCAUGUGAAUGAAGUGACUUGA